AUGCCCAUCAAGAGGACGCCAGAAGAGGCUGCGAGGCCUCCGUUGGCUCGAGGGAGCGCCUGCCAUCGCUGCUUCACCCGCAAGGUGCGCUGCAGCGGGCAGCCCGACCCUGCGACUGGAGUCUUUGCCUGCACGUCGUGCCUGCGCACAGCCCGCUUCAAAGGCCACGACCUCGCGCAGGCCCACUGCGCGUUCAACGGCGAGGGACUGUGCAGCGAGGAGGGCGGACCCACCCUCAACGGCGAGGUGUACCCGAAUGUCGGGCCCGCCCCUCGCCGCAAGCUUACGUCUCGCUCGACGGGAUCGUCCCGCUCGCUCGCGUCGACCUCGUCGUCUGGCUCGUCCGGGACAGACUCGCUCGCCGGGACGGGCGGCGCAGAUGCAGGGUCCAUCAUCUCGCCCGCGUCGUCGACGACCUCGCUCAAGUCGACAAUGGGCGGCGAGUUGUCGAACUCGCCCGACCAGUCGCUCCAGCUCCCCCCGCCCGUCUCGUUCCAGCUCCCGCCCGUCGCCGCUCCCGCUCACUACCAGACCGCACCCGCCUCGCUCGCCGGCGCGUUCCUCCCUACGAACUCGCACCUCGCUCCGCCCGUCGCACACCCGGCCGCGACAUGGAUGCCUCCCCCGCCCAACCUCGUCCCGCAAGCGACGUAUCCUCAACCUCCCGCUUCCGUCUCGCCUUCCCAGUCGACUUUCCCCAUGCACACGCACGCAGCGACUUGCCCACCCGCCCCUGCGACGGACUCGGCCAAGAACCUCCUUUCGCGCCGCCUGAACGCCCCGGCGAUGAGCAUCUCGCUCCCGCCCCAUCCGAGCAUGGUCGUCUCGCCCGCCGUCUCGCGCACCACCUCGCCUGCUCCGCUCGCUCACGCACCCAUCUCGGAAGCGGGUGUGGGUGCGGGAAACGCGACGGCGAGCGCGCCGAUGGUCCCGUCGCAAGGGUGGCCGUCGCAACAGCAGCGUGCGGGAAUCGGUCCCCAAGGCGGCGUGUACCCCUCGCAGCAGCAGCAGAGUCACGAGCUCGCAGGAGCGAUGCAGUCGGUCCUGACGCCCUCGACACUCGCGAAACUCCCGACCUCGUCGUACGACUUUUCGCUCGCUCCAGACGGGUGCUUCCCGCCGUACCUCUCGGGCGCGCCGGCGACACCUUCGCUUGGGACGGGAGUCGGAGCGAGCGGACACGGAGGACCGAUGUCGUCUAGCUCGACGUACGGUCAAGCGGGAGGAGGAGCGACUUCGGGUCUCCCGCCUACGCCGUUCCGCUCGCUCUCCGUCAGCGAGAUGUACCCCUCUUCCUCGACCGGAGGCGGCGACUCGCACUUCCAGGCGACGCAGCAACACCAUUCCGGACUGGGCGAACAGUGGACCGGCUCGUUCCACCUCCCCAGCCCCGGGUUGACGUUCUCCAGCAGCACGCCGAGCUGGUUCGUCAACGGCGGAGGGUCGCAGUACUUCCAGCAGCAGUUUGCGUGA